AUACUAAUUUCGUCGUUCACGCUUAUGAUUAGACGGAACGCUAUAAUUCUAAUAGUUUUUUUUAAUGAAAUGUUUUUCUUGACCUGGCCUGGUUUCCUUACUCUCAUUCAUUGAGGUCUGUGGAACUCGGGGCGUGAUCAGGACUGAGAAACACAUUGAUAACGGUGUAAAAAGAGCUGAAACACUUAUAACAUGAUUACACAACACUGGCAUUUAUUCAGUACUCACACCUAACUUUAAACAUUUUUGGUACACCACUGACAGCAAAAGUGUGACAUGCAGCGUGAAAAUGAGUGCGCAGUUGAACGGAAUUGAAACUUUUUUUCCCCGUUUCCUUCCAGCUUGCUUGCCCUUGCACAGGGUAUGAGGCGACUCCAUGUGUCCCGUGCCUUUACUGCCAAGGCUAAGGUGGCAAUGACUCCACCAUAAGUGAAUGCCAAUAGUAUACAACAAAACUACAUUACAAUAUCGGCAUUGUUUGCAACAGAUGUGAUGUGAAGAAGGGAGAGAAGAACACCGUAAUGACAUCCUUCAGCAGGAACUUCACUGCCAGGAAGGAUUCCAAGCAUGCUACCUACACCUUUGUCACCUCCCCUGAGUCACAGGUGAAAGGCAAGUUCACCACAGACCACAUCAGUGCUGCAGCCCCCUGGUUAAAGUUCUGUAGCUACCUAGACAACUUCUCCAACAAUGUCUUCAUUGGCACAGUCAAUAUUGAGAACGAUGCUAUCAACAAGAUCUGUAGCCACCUGACUGGAGAGUAUGGUGGUGUCCCUGAUGUAGCGCAACACUACAAGUUUGUGCCGCUAUGUUUGUGGUGGUGGAGAUGGUCGACACGGUCAGGAUUCCUCCCUGGCAGUUUCAGCGGCAGUUGAACGAAGCCAUCGCAGAGGAGCUCAACAAGAAGCUCGCCAACAAGGUGGUGUACAAUGUGGGCCUCUGUAUUUGUCUUUAUGACAUUACAAAGCUUGAAGACUCAUAUAUAUUUCCGGGGGAUGGGGCGUCACACACUAAAGUUCACUUCAGGUACGUCGUUUUCCACCCAUUCCUGGAUGAAAUCUUGGUGGGGAAGAUAAAGUACUGCAGCCAGGAAGGGGUGCACGUUAGUCUUGGAUUCUUUGAUGACAUCAUCAUUCCACCAGAGUCCCUGCAGCAGCCAGCCAAAUUUGAUGAAGCUGAGCAGGUGUGGGUCUGGGAGUACGAGACGGAUGAAGGUGCGCAUGACCUUUACAUGGACCAGGGUGAGGAGAUCCGCUUCCGGGUGUUGGACGAGCUCUUCUUGGACACAUCCCCCACUGGGCCUGCUGCUGCUGUCACCGAUUCUGCUGCCACAUCUGGUGCCGAGGACAGUAGCCACAAAAAGGAGGCCCCGUACACUAUCAUUGGGUCCAUCAGUGAGCCCGGACUGGGCCUUCUGUCAUGGUGGAACAGCUAGCAAGGACACCAGCAGGACGUAGAAGAAUGGGCAUGGACUUUCUGUAGUAAAUUUGCUCACUACCUGUGCAGCCCUACCUUGUCUGUCGCAGACUCAAAUGAGCAGCUGUUGGUUGCGUGGCACAGCGUGGAACACGGAGACCACAUGCAGCAGUGGUCGAAUUGCUGUUGACCCAGCUGCUCAACACAAGGAAUAUGAGUAAGAUUAAAACUGCCAAGAUCAUCAGACUGGAUGCUGCAGAAAUGCAUCUAAAAACUUCAGUGAUUGCUGACAUCAGUCUGGCUUUAAAGCAGAUGUAUGUAUAAGAGGAAUGAAAA